AUGGCUCGACGACUAUCGUACCUCGCCGAGAAGCACGGCUUACUACCCGACACACAAUUCGGAGGGCGACCGGGCAGGACCACUGAACAAGCCCUGCUAGUCCUUUCCAACGCGAUUGACCAAGCUUGGUAUAAACAUGGAGUAAUGACACUCAUCGCGUUCGAUCUGAAAGGGGCCUUCAACGGAGUCAACAAAAUCAGCCUUGACGCCCGCCUCCGAGCAAAGGGAAUCCCAGCCGUAGCUAGAAAGUGGAUUGCAAGCUUUAUGAGCGAACGCUACGCUAGCAUAGGAUUUGAUGACUUCCGUACCGAGGUCGCCCUGCUAGUCAACGCAGGACUGGCGCAGGGCUCACCCCUCUCACCCAUUCUGUUCACAUUCUUCAACUCCGACCUGGUCGACCAACCAGUCACCUUUCGUGGUGGCGCAUCAGCGUUCAUUGAUGACUACUUCCGCUGGCGAGUAGGCCGCUCAGCCGAAGAGAACCUAGCCAAAAUCCAGUCAGAGGAUAUCCCUCGCAUCGAAGCGUGGGCGCAACAGACUGGCUCCUGCUUCGCAGCUGAGAAGACCGAGCUUAUCCAUAUCACCAGGAGAAGAAGCGAGCAACUACAAGGGCAAGUAGUCAUAAACGGGAAAACUGUCAAACCAUCACCCACGGCGAAGCUACUGGGUGUGAUCUUCGACCAUGAGUUGCGGUGGAAAGAGCAUGUCCAGCAAGCCAUCAAACGUGCCACCAAGGUAACCAUUGCUCUGGCCGGACUGCGACAUCUACGCCCAGAACAGAUGCGACAAAUUUACCAAGCGUGCGUCACACCAGUGGUAGACUAUGCGUCAACGGUCUGGCAUGACCCUCUACGUGAUAAAACCCACCUGCGCCACCUAAACACAGUGCAAAGGGCCCCUCUGGUUCGUAUCCUGUCGGCGUUCAGGACAGUAGCGUCCGCCACUCUAGAAGUGGAAGCACAUGUCCUUCCAACACACCUCCGCCUCCGCCGCCGAGCACAAUAUACCAUCGCGAGACUCCACACUCUACCUCGUAUUCACCCUAUUUGGGGUGCGCUCCUCCGAGCUCAGAGACGAAGGAACAACAUUGGAAACUACGCUCGGUUCCCACUGGCGGAAGCUCUAAAGACUAUGGACUUACAAAGAUUGGAUGAACUAGAAACGAUUGACCCAAGUCCACUGCCACCGUGGCGAGCUGAACCCUUCGCGGAGAUUGAGGUUGGAUCGGACCGAGAAACGGCCGUGGAGCGAGCUGAAACUACACGGUCCACAUCGGAUAUUGUUGUCUACUCAGAUGCCUCUGGACGCGAGGGUCACCUAGGCGCUGCCGUUGUGGCACUCGACAGCAACUUGGAGACUGUCGAAUCUCAACAGAUUCAAGUAGGACCAAUGGACCGCUGGUCGGUUCAUGUAGCGGAGCUUAUUGGCAUCUUCUACGCUAUCAGCACAGUGUUUAAAGUUGCCCAUCAGCCCUCAGAAAGCUUAGAAAGGAGACGGAGAACAGCGACAAUACUGUGCGACAGCCGAUCAGCCUUGCAGGCGACUCAAAAUCCGACGAUCAAAUCUGGACAGCGGAUCAUCCAUGCGAUCCUCCAGGCUGCCACAGAGGUCCAAACAAAAGGAAUCGCGUUGCGCCUUCAAUGGGUGCCAGGGCACUGCGAUAACCCUGGAAAUGACGCUGCAGAUCAACAGGCCAAGGAUGCUGCACGCCCAGGCAAGACGCACCCCUUCCGCCCACUACUCUCGAGGGAGAGCGCGCGCCUCCACGGCAAUAUCCUUAAUCAGUGGGAGCAGGAAUGGAGGUCAUCCAACAAAGGUGGUCACCUACGAAAGAUCGACAGCACCCUACCAGCAACUCACACGAGGAGGCUAUAUGGGAGCCUGCCCAGGAACCGAGCGUACUUAUUAACACAGCUACGCACAGGCCACAGUUGGUUAUCUACCUACGCGAAAGCCUUUCGCUUCCGCGACGACGACCGGUGCGUGUGCGGCGCACAAGAAACUGUCACCCAUGUGCUGGUGGAUUGUCCAGAUCUGAGGGACAUUCGAAGAGAGCUACGGAGGGAAGUAGGGGACGCGCUCAGUAGCGUCUCGAGUCUACUGGGAGGCUCGACCGUAGGUAAGAAAGGUAAACCAGACACCGUCUCAAGGGCAAAGACGGUCAAGGCCGUUUUGGACUUCGCCGAGGCGUCACAGCGGUUUUGGAGUCGCGCGCCACGAGGGCAGCCUAACAAUGGGAACGGCAGUUAG